AUGAGUCAUCUUGAAGAACUACUGGUGUCGGGGUUAUGCAUCGGUGUGCUCGGCACAGCAGCUCAAGUGUACAUCGUUGAGGUUGCCCAUGAGACAGUCCGUGGUUCGCUCACCUGUAUUACAGACCUCUUCGUCGGAUUGGGGUUGCUCUUUACCUACAUAUUGGGGAUCUCUGGGCUGGGCUGGAGAUGGUCUGCCUUCACUCUGGGCCUGGUGACCAAUGUGCCUCUAAUCAUUGGUCUCUCUCUGUUCCCGGACUCGCCUCGCUGGCUGGCCACGAAAGACCGAAGGGAAGAUGCAAAGAAGGCACUCAAGUUCCUUCGUGGAAGUAGCUACGAUGUUUCGUCAGAACUUGAAAAUAUCAUGAAGGCUGGAAGCAGUCGCUCCAAAACAACAUUCAUCCAGCAGAUAUCCAAGCUGAAGGACCCUGUAGUAUAUGCACCCUUCUUAACUGGGUGUGGUGUGUUUUUCUUCUCUCAGUUAUCAGGCCCUUAUGUUGUGUAUAGUUACACUGUGCAUAUCUUCCAGGUGGCCAAUGCAGGCCUCAGCCCCUACUUGUCAACAGUGCUUGUGGGCGUGGCGCGGGUAGCAGGUUCAUGCAUUGGAAUCGUGGUGGUGGAACGCGCUGGGCGUCGCCCAGCUAUGCUCCGGGGCAAAGAAGGGGCAUCGUCUAGCGGGUGGCUGGCACUUGUGUCCAUGAUAUCUUUCACAGUAAUCCUGGGUGCUACCAUCAGCCCCAUUCCUUUCCUGCUAUCCAGUGAACUGCUGCCCCUCUCGUUCAGGUCAGUUGGUUCGGCUGCAACCAAAGGCGUGUUCUUCUUGGCGGGUUUGCUUGUCGUCUACUCGUUCCCGAUCCUGAAGGUGAACGUAGGGCCUGACGUCACGUUCUGGAUGUAUGCUGCGUCUGCGCUUUUCCUUGUGCUGCUCGUAUGGCAGCGAGUGCCCGAGACGAGAGGGCGAUCCCUCGAAGAAAUUGAGGAGUACUACAAAUCAAUGUUCGCAGAAGGAAAGUUUGCUCAGCGGGAGGCCAGAUCUGAAGGACUUGCCUUUGUGUUUGAAGAUGCGGUGACGUAG